AUGGAGCCACCAGCUGCAUGCAUGUGCAGGAGUAGCCGGUCUUCUUCAUGUGAUAGGUUGCUGGCUAUUAGCUUGACGCUUCUAGCUGUGUUUUCACCUCUCUAUAUCAACCGAAGGGCGGCAAGCGACUUGGAACUCAAAGACCAACUCAUCAAUCUUGAUUCCUGGUUGCCUCUUUUGCUUUUGCUUCUCAUCUUGGCCAUAGCCUCCCCCCUUUACCUGGACCAGACCUUUUCCAGGUUUGAUCCUUACUGGAUACACAGAUUUGGGGGUUCUUCUGGUGGUAUCAUCAUCAUUCUUUUGGUUCUUGCUUUGGUUUUGAAGUGUAAAACUUCUAUGAUGAACUAA